UGUUGCUUUCGAUUUUUUUGUUCGUGCUCAAUAGAAUAGAAAUUUCUGAAAAAAAUGGAUCGUCUUAUCCGUUCGUUGUUGAUGAAUCAGAACAAGCAGGCAACUGAUAAACUUGAUCAUCCGGACACUUCUGAAACAGUGAACAUUUCCUCGUUGGCUUUGCUGAAAAUGCUGCGCCAUGCUCGUUCUGGAAUCCCGUUGGAGGUGAUGGGUCUGAUGCUCGGAGACUUUGUGGACGACUACACUAUCAAUGUUACGGACGUUUUUGCAAUGCCGCAGAGUGGAACCAGUGUGACCGUGGAAUCGGUGGAUCCUGUGUAUCAGACAAAGCAUAUGGACUUGCUGAAAUUGGUUGGAAGAACUGAAAAUGUUGUUGGAUGGUACCAUUCGCAUCCAGGAUUCGGAUGCUGGCUAUCUUCUGUGGACGUAAACACUCAACAGUCUUUCGAAGCUCUCCAUCCCCGUGCUGUUGCAGUUGUCGUUGAUCCGAUUCAGAGUGUGAAGGGGAAAGUUAUGCUGGACGCAUUCCGAUCUGUAAACCCACUCAACUUGCAAAUUCGUCCUCUCGCUCCAACUGCUGAACCACGACAGACUACUUCCAAUCUUGGACAUCUCACUAAGCCAUCGCUAAUCUCUGUUGUUCAUGGUCUUGGCACCAAGUACUAUUCGUUGAAUGUCGCCUAUCGCAUGGGGUCGAAUGAGCAGAAGAUGUUGAUGUGUUUGAAUAAGAAGAGUUGGUAUGAUCAAUUGAAUAUGUCAACUUACUCGGAGCUUGAGAAGAAGCAGGAGGAGAAGUUCAAGAGCAUCAACAAACUGAUUGCAGUCUUCAAUAAGGAUAUUGACGAAGUUAAGGAGAAACCAAUUGCAGAUAAGAAAGGAAAGACUCAAGAAGAAGUCAAAAAGUUUGGAAAAAUCAAUGCAAAACAGCAAUUGCAAAUGAUCACUUCUAGCCUUCUCAACGAUUCCCUCUGCCAUCAGCUUACUGCAAUGAUCAACGCAAAAUCAAUGACAUGAACUAGCAACAAUUUAAAUUGUGUUUCUGAAUGACGUUCUUCCCAUUUCCAUAUCACAUUCAAAUCAAUAAAUAGAAUCAUUGU